UUUUGGUGAAUAGGCGCGGGAAGGGUUAUAGAAAUGCGACAAAAACGAGCAAAGACAUAUCGGAAGCUCAUGCAUACCUAUCAUUUGGUAUUCGGCUUCCGUCAACCGUACCAAGUGCUAGUGGACUCCGAAUUCUGCAAGACUGCUCUAAGCCUCAAUACCGAUGUCCCGAAGCAGCUCAGUGUUGUGCUACAAGGCACGGUGAAGCUGAUGAUCACGCAAUGCUGCAUACACGAACUCUAUCUCCAAGGGAAGUCCCAACAACCCGCCGUGGACCUGGCCAAGUCUUUCGAGCGGAGAAAGUGCAAUCACCGCGAAGCCAUCCCCGGCGACGAGUGCCUCGCCAGCGUCGUCGGCGACACAAACAAGCACCGCUACGUCAUCGCGACGCAGUCCCAGCCCCUCCGUGCACGGCUGCGCGCCGUCCCGGGCGUCCCCAUCGUGCAUAUCAAUCGAUCGGUGAUGAUCCUCGAGCCUCCGAGCGACGCGACGCUUGAAGUCAAACAAGCGAAUGAAGAACAGACAUUGCACGCAGCCGAGCCGGAGCUGGCAAAGGUCGCUUCGACUUCCAAGCUAGAGCCAGCCCCGGAAGGCCCGCCUCGCAAGAAGCGCAAGGGGCCCAAGGGCCCGAACCCGCUCAGCGUGAAGAAGAAGAAGGCGAAGAUAGAGGGCGAGGGUGCGAAUGCUAAAGCGACGAAACCGAAAACCGCGCAUGAAGAACGACAUGUGGGAGAGAAACGAAAACAUGCGGAGGACGGGGAUCAUCGCGACGACGUUCCGAGCAGGGAGACAGAGGGCGAGGGGAGAAAGAGAAAGCGGCGGCGGAAAACGGCGCCGACGACACAAAACACGGGCGAGGCUGCUUCAUGAUACACAUGCCCGUACGGGGCGUGCAAUCGUCCGUUCCGGGGUGCCGCGGAAUGGAGCCGGCGCCAUAUGGUCCGGUACGACGCACGGCGUGUACUUGACACAGAGAACUUGGGUGCGAUGUUCAAUCUAUCGUCCUAUGAACUCGAUCUAUUGCUCGUGAUGGACCAGGUGCUGGCGCGACCCGUGAUUCCGUACCUCGCUAUGCGCCGCCGAGGGUGUGCACGUUGCCCGCCCUGUCAACAUCGAAUUUGUACGUGGGCCGUCGGCACGACAUCCAUUGCCCCAGUCGAUAGCGGACAGGGACGUCGUGCCCGCCAGCCAUGCAUACCGCCGCCACAAGCGGUGCGUCGGACUGCCGCGGGGAUGCCCGAUUUUUAGACUAUAUUGCGGAAAGAAUGUCCGCAAUCGCCGGCGCAUAUGAGCGGCGCGGGGGAAGCCCGAGUUUAGACUAUGUCGCACGAAGGCUGUCCCGCCGGAUACCAGGAGCGGCCGCUUCGUCCAUUGUGCCUCGGCGAGGGCGAAGAUGGCACCUUCUGGC